UAUUUUUGGUAAAAAGCCGUCAAAGACCGAAAUAAAAAUUCGCGCGUUGGAAUUAUUUAUUCGCAUAAAAUAAUCCAAUAAUCAUUAUUAAAUUAUUUAUUAAAAUUAUCAAAAAAGUUUAUGUGUUUGUGUGCAAAUAAAGAGAAAUAAUAAAAUUAUGGAUCUAUUUGAACCUAAUUUAGUAACAAAAAAAGAAGUUCGGUUCGCCGAAGGUCUCGUUCAGGCAAUACCACUUCCCGAGGAGAAUUUCGGUGAUAUCUUUGGAGGAAUAAUAAAAUCUGGGCAAUGGGGAUGGUUAACCAAAGGUUCUCGUUUAUGCAUCACUUCCCUCCGAAGCGGACAAUCAAUAUCAAAAUAUGAUUUUGAUGCAAGUAAUGGGUUUGGUGUUUGCAUUAUUACGUGUGUAUCGGAAAUUCAAAUGCCCUACUUAAAGGAUACACUUAUCGCAAUUGGUAUCCAAUAUGCCGACAGCCCUGGAGGUCUGGUCGUCUUGUAUUCUGUUGAAGAAUCAACAGUAAUUUGUUGCAUUGAUUUGAAAUACAAAAUUACGUGUUGCAAGUUUAUCAGUCAUGAAGUUUCCCAGCAUACAAUUUUACAAAACAUGAAUGGUUGUUUGGCUGUUGGAACUGAUGGAGGAAGCGUGUUGUUGGUAGAUUUGAAUUUAAACAACGCCGAUAUUCCUGCUGCAAAAGAAGACGUUGGGAUUUCCCUUGUUCCUUGUCAUAUUGUUGAUUCUAGCAUGAGUUUGUUACAUCUUCAUAGGCAUUUUCAACAUUGCCAACAGGAAGGAGUUCAUUUUGGAAUUCAAUUAGAAGUGCUUGACAAUGCAGAGUUCAUUCAGUCUUUACUACCAAUCGAUCUUAUAUUAGGACUCGCCGUAGGCUUAGCAGAUGGACGUUUGGUAUUUUAUGAUCUUACAGAUAUGCAGGUAUUUUAUGUGGCACCUCCACAAGAACGAUCAUCACCGCUUGUUAAAAUAAGCUCCAUGGAGCCACCAGAUGAUCCACGCCCAUGUGUUUAUGUCUGGGCAUUCCAUGAAAACUAUCAAAAUUCUAUGGCUGUUAUGCAUUCUCUAAUGUAUGAAAAGCGAGUUGUUACCGAUGAAGGAUUUUGUUAUUUUGAAAAUUUUCAAGUAUCAAGUGUAAGAUUGCAGCUUCCAUUAAAUUGUCCCAAAAGUGUUCCAAUUGCAUGCCAAGCCAUUUCAAAAGCACCAUCGCAUGGAAACGAAGAAACAAUAUCUCUAUGUGCUAUAGUUUGGAAACAAGAACAAGAAACUCAAACCGAGGUAUUACUCUUCGACAUAAAUCAAUGGUACAAAGAGGAAAUGCCGUAUGUAGGUGAUUGGAGGGAGGAUCCCAGCUAUUUAGCUUCGUUUGUUCUACCGGGUUUGUCGUGUCUGGAUAUGUAUUUCAAUCCUAAUACGAUUUCACUCUUCAAUUCUAUUCAAAGACCAGAAGAACAUUUUUAUCCUAUAUCCCUAAGUUUUGAUUCAAUCGGACUUGGAGAAAAAAGCUGCUUACACUUGAAUUGGCCAGGUGUUCAAAACAGAGUUAUUGAUGUGUUAAGAUCCCAAGGAUCACUGGCGUUAUUAGAUCCCAAUCCAAUUUUCAUGGAAGUUUUAAAUGCACGUUUGCUUCCUCAAUUUUCUGGUCUUAACUACAAAGCUACCUUCUCAUUGAAAGCAAAAAGAGAAACUCUACUAUCAGUGGCAAUAGAAAAUAAUUGCAAUGGACUGCUGAAAGAAUGUGCAAAAAAUUGGUCAGAUGGAAGUCACCAAGGAACUUCUCUAAGUGAGGGCCUAUCGCUUUCUACUUUAACUGAUUGGCUAUGGGUGCGAGCGUCAUGUAUAAAAGAACGUUGUAACAAAUUGUGUAAAGUUUUAUUCGAUCAUUCCGGUUAUACAUUGGAUCAGAGAGAAAAACAAGAACUUUGCUACAUCUCUAAACAACUUCGAACUCUAGCCGAAGUUUCAAGUGAUAUAAUUGCAAAGUUUGGUGAAAAUAUCCCAUCGGAUGUUUUGAGUACAUUGGAAUCACAGGGCAAUUCUAUUCGCAUGGCCUCCGAUUACCAAGAAAUUCUAUUGUGGCUACUCAAUAUUGGAUUGCUGCCUGAGGCUUCUCGUUUAACAAGAAGUCUUGAAAAUGAAUUGAAUCUUGUGCCUUAUCCUUAUGAAUCGUUGCAUGGUUUCUAUGAGAAACGAAGAUUAGAAUUUAUGCGAUAUUCGUCGCGAAAAGCUCGAAGCUGUUAUUUACUAUUUAUUGACUCAUUUUUAGAGCACUCAUUUAAAGGAAACACAUUAAGAGAUAGCUGGCAGGAAAGUGGUGGUGAUGGAUUAUAUCCACCAACUUCGGUACAAGCUAUGCUCAGAAUAAUGCUCAUACCAGACGUUUCGUUUGAGAAUAAAUGUGCAUUGUUUUUGUAUUUUUUCCUCGAUCUUAAUAUGGCAAUCGAAGACAAGCGGUAUGAACCGAUCGUGCAGAAUUUUAUCAAAUUUCCAAGUGUAUUUAAGCUUUCAGCAUCGUUAAUUAAACAAAUUCAGGCGUUUUGGAAUCUGGAUCAUUGUCAUUUUCAGGCCGCUGUCGAUGAAUUCAUUUCGCCAUUCAACAAAGAUCACGUAUGCCCUCAGUGGCAAAUUGAAUUAUUCAUAGCAUCGCUUCUAGAUCAGAUCGAAUCAAAUCUAGCUCUAAGAGUGCUCGAAGCCAAAUCCUUGCCAAUAUCACCUCUCCUUCAAUUAAAUACUUAUUUAGCAAAUGACCUUAUAUCAGAAGCAUUUCAUUUCGCUCGAUCUGAAAAAGACGAAGAGCUUUUAAAGCUUUUCUUCAGUCGUUGUUUGCUAAUGAAAAAAUUCGGAGUAAUUCGCGAUUUAGCACUUACUGAGAGUGAAGGAAAAUUAGUGCAAUCUCUUUUGAAGAGUAGCAAAAAUCGCAGCGCUGAAGAUCUAAGCUUUGUCUAUCUGCUUCAAAAGUAUAAAUACAUUGAAGCUGUUGCUUAUCAGGAUGAAAUUUCGAAAGACAGGGAUAUUCAACGUGCAGUCGAUGAGUUAUCAAAAGGAAGAAAUAAUCAGACAGCGAUGGAUGUUGAUACUCCAUCUUUAAUUUUAUCUGCUUAUCACACUACAAUGACUCCGGUCACAAAGAACAUAUCGGAUGUGUAUCUGAAGAUAAAAAAACGAAUCAAAAACAAAGAAACUGAACAAAAUUCACCCUAUCCCCUAAGUUGUCAACUUAUCAAACAAAAUGCAACCGAUCUUCUUGGUGGUAUAUACCAUAGCUCUGCGUUAGGUACUCAUUUUGCUAGUCAUUACUGGGAUCAACAGAAGUCUGAAGGAAAUGCUCUGCAGCAAUCUACCAAUGCACCAUUUCUGAGAUGCCCGCAAAUUUCAUUAUCCUAUUCCGAAUAUAAUCCCAGGGAAGUUAUAUCAUAUCCGGAGCCAUUUAAACCAGCUCAAAAACGUCGUCUAGACAAUAGUCCGAUUGAUUCUGACAAAACAAGUAAAACUCGUGAAAAUCCCAAGAAACGUCGAAGAAUAUUAGGUCGAUAUGACUUCGAAUUAUCAACAUCUGAUAAUUUGCUAACCCAUUUCAAGAAUUCAUCAACAUACAAUCCUGAUGUUAGUAUUUUAACCAAGAUCAAUCAGAAAACACCAUCACGGGAUAAUUCAUUAUUCUUGGAAACUCCGUAUGUAAAAAAUACUCCAACAGAUAAUGCAAGUAGUCAAGUUCCUGAAAAAUUGAAUACCGCAUUGCCUGGAAUUCUUAAAGUUAGUCAACCAAAAACAUCAAUAGAUGAAACAGAUCGCAGUGUUAAAGCACCUUCAGAAGAACCAGAGAAAAAGAAAGAUUUUGAGGAAGAGAAAAUCAUACGUUUUGUUUUGCCAGUUGAUGAAUCAUUAGAGCAAAUCAAUGAACGGGAUCUAUCAGUGGAAAGCGAAGAAGUCUUGCAAGAGCCUUUGGAAAAAUCGCAACGUCCAUAUAGUGGACCAUCAACAAGAAAAUCGCUACGAUCAACAACUAGCUACAGUUUAAUUCCAAUGAGCAAAAACGAGCUCCAAGACAUUUUAGAUAAAGUCAAGAAUCAAGAGUCUAAAUUAGAGUCUACGAUAAAAACGACAAGUAGCCAAAUAGAAAAAAAUUCUUUGUUUACAAAAUCGCAGUCAAAUGAGGUAACUCAGAAAUUGUCUGAUAUCGCACAAUUCAAUGAGCCAAAGACAAGUGAAGAUUUUGGUUCUAAAUUUAAACAACAAGAACACCAAACUAAAACCAUGUUAAAUUACAGUUCUUGUACCCCAAUUAGUAGAAAUGAGCUACAAGAUAUUUUAGACAAAGUGAAAAAUGAGGCACCUAAAAACUUGUCUUCAGCAAAAACGACAAGUCUGUUUGAAAGUAGUUCUUCGGUAUCAAAAAUACAGUCUGACAUUUUACAAGUCACUGAGCCAAAAACAAACAUAGAUUUUGGAACAAAUAUUAUCCGUUCGAAAGAAGAAAAUACUUUUGCUUCAUUUAGCUUUACCAAUGCCUCAACCAAGAGAUUCGAAUCAGAAACAAUUUCAAUGGAUUUCACAACUGAUAAGUCUAAUACUAGGAAAUUUGAAAGUCUCUCAAAUUUGGACUCUAAUUCCAGCUCCACAAUAAAACCACCAAAAAGAGCACUUUCUCAGAGUUCUGACAGCAAUUCAAAUGAUUCGUCGAUUCAACGCAAUAGAAAACAGCUUAAAGGACGAGCAUCAAUUCACAAUUCUUCUGGCGAUGUUUCCGAAUAUAAAACUCCAACGGAACCUGCAGUCGAGAAAAUUACAACAACAAAGACUGUUUUUAGCACAGAUACCUUAAUCGAUUUCAAGCCUCACACGUCAUCUUCGAAAGUUUGUUCAACUGAAUCUAGGUUUAAUAAAGUGAUAAUGGAAACAGAAUCUAAACUGGAUUCAGAAAAAUCGCCUUCGAAAGUAACUUUUUCGGAACGAACCACUGUCAUUGGUGAACUCACAUAUUUGCCAACAAUGGAAGUAUCUCAAAAUUUACCAGAACCAUCAAGUGUAACUUUGCAACCGAGUGAAAAAGAACAAAUGCUAGACACUACUGUUGGAAUGACUUUGUAUGAUACAAUGGGUUUUGAAGAAAAUCUUCUUGAACCGCAACAAAAACAACAACCUGAGAGUGAGAAUUCCAGUAGUUUAGAUACUUAUGAUAACAUUGAAGCACAAGAAGAAGAAUCAACCAAUUCAGAACUAAAUUAUCUUGAUGGAAAAACAUCAGAAAAUGAAGAAGUUGUCGAUGAUGGUAGUGGUUCGUCUAUUAUUUUACUCUCAUCACGCAGUAGUUCACGAGCAAUUUCUAGAAAUCAAGAUUCAAAUGAUGUGGCACAAAGACACAUUUCAAUAGAUGAUGAUGAGAAUGAUUAUGAGGAAAAUUAUGAUGAUAGUGAUGAUGAUGACGGGAAUGAUAACAAUGAAGAAGAUGCUGAUGAAGAUGAAGACGAAAGCGUAGAAAUAAUAGAAAGUGAUGGCUCAGAAGAUCUUAGCAAUUCAUUUUCGAACAAGAUUCGUGAUGUUACUUCUACAAGUACGAGUUCUUCCUUAGCUAGUUUUGUAUUCAGUGAAAAUUCAUCACAUUCGGAUAGAUUGUUGCAAGAGACAAUGAAAGUUAAAAACAUAGAAGACUCAUCAAAUUCUCAAAGCUUAUCUGCAUCGACAAAAUAUAAAACACUUCACUCUGGCGAGAAAGAUGAUGUUGAACAACAAAAAGCCAGUGAUUGCAAAGACACGAGUGAAUCGGAAUUUAAACUGUCUGUUACUUCUGAAAGCAUUAAUGAAACUGAAAAUAAUGCUGUAAUUAUAGAAGAAGAACAAGUGGCACGAAAAACUUCUUCCUCUUGUGAUGUUGAAGUAGUAGAUCUAAUUGAAGAACCUGAGAGCACUGAACAAAAUUAUGCAAAUAAUGUAAUUAUUUUUGGAGAUCAACAAAAUAAGGUUACCGAAACUGAUAAUGAAGUUGCAGUGCAACUUGAAGAGCCUGUGGUUGAGAAUGUACAAAAACAAGCAGAAGACAGUACACACCAAAGUGAAAUUGCUGAACAAUCCAAUGUACAGAAUGAUGAAGAAAAUAUGGAAACGGAAGAUAUUGUUGUGCUUUACAAAGAAACACCUCAUGAAACAUUAGAUCAAAGUCAGUUAGAACCGAACGUUUCUGAAAUUGAAGAAUCACAAAAAGAAAAACCAGAAGUGCAAUCUAUUGAAGCAAAAUCGGAAGAAAAAGAGAAAAUUGAUAUUGUUAGUGUUGAAUCCAAAGAAGCAGAUAAGACUGAGGAUGUUUGUGAAUCUCAACUGCAACCAACUGAAGAAGUCAAAGAAUUAGAUGAACACAAGGAAAUUUGUGAAACUACAUCUACGGAUGAAAAAAUUGAAGAAAAAACAGUUUUAGCUGAAGAAAAUGAUGAUAAAUUGAAAAGCAAUGAAAUCCAAGAUGUCGAAAUUGCUAUGCCAAGUAAAGUUGUUGAAGUUGUAGAAGUAGUUGAAGCUGAAUCAACUGUGAACAUUGACAAAACAAUACAAAUCAAAGAUGUUGCAGAUGAUAAAAAGCAAAAACAACUAUCCGACGAAGUAGAAUUGACACCAAGACUUCGAUCACAAUCAUUUUCGAAAAAUUUAAGUAACGAAAAGGUUGUUGUAGCAUCUCCACGUACUCGAAGAAAUUCUCGAAGUGGAUCUAUGCCUCCUUUGAAAAAACCAACAGAAGUCGAAUCAAAUAUUAGCACUUCAAAUGUAGAUUCUGUAGAUGAAGAAAAUAAAAAGCAAUCGAAUGUAGACGUAGAACUCACUCCGAAGUUGCGAAAUAGAAGAUCAUCAUCGGUUUCGCAAAAUCUAACUACUGAAAUAGAUAUUACUGCAUCUCCGAGCACUCGAAGACUUUCUAGAGGUGGAUCUGUUCCUCCAUCAACUGCCAAUCAAAUCGUUACUAGAAGGAGAUCCUUGCUCUUAGAGACCUUAGAUGAGAAUUCCACACCUGAUUCUCCUUCAAGUCGAACUCGAUCGAAAAUACGUUCGGAUUCUAUCGAUGAUGUUGAAAGUUCAACAGUAUCCAAUGUAAAACGUUCUCGGCUGUCAUCUAUUUCAAGUAUAACUUCAAUUGAGCAACCACAAACUCCAAAAACUAGAAGGCGAAGUAGUAUGUCGGUCGAUAAAGAGGUGGUUAGUACACCAUCCAAAGCAGUUGGAACACCGAAAGCAAUUUUCUCCAAAGCUAUCAAUACUGAUGCUAUCAAUACUCCUAUUAAAACUCCACGAAGAUUGUCAGUUUCUAAAAAAGAGUCACCUUCGGAUGACACUAGUCCUACUACAAGCAAGUCAAGAGUUCAAAAAAGAGAAGAAAAAGACAGUUCAAAAAGUCCCCAAGAUGAACCAGAAAGUUCACAAAAUGAAGAUUAUACCUUAUCCAGACGUCUUACACGGACACAAUUAGCUGCUAUGGAGAGGAAUAAAGCUUUGUCGAAACAACUUGUCAUGUCACCAGUUAUCAAAAAAAGACGUGGAUCAAAUACAACAGACUUUGAUUCGCCACCAGAUGUUAAAGGAAGUGAUAAUGAAUCGACUUCUUCUCGAAUGAGCCAUAUUUCAACUGCUUCACGAAGAGUUACAAGAAGUUUGGCUUUAAAGGAAAAUAUCACAGACGAUAUGGUUAGCAUUGCCAGUUCAACAGAAAGCAGCAAACGAAAAAGGAAGAGAGUAAAAGAACAAAUUUCACCAAUAGCUGCACUUAAAGUUAUACCGGAGGAGGGUCCUUCAGGUUCGGAAGGAAGCGAGGCUAGCAACAAAAGAACAACUCGCCAUAAGAAAUAAAUGUUGAUAAAAUUAAACAUUUAUUACGUUAUACUUAUUUUACAAAUAGAAUAAAACAUUGUUGAAAAGCAAUCAA